CAAGAUGGCGGACAUGGGUUAGUCAGGUUCAGUGUCUCCACAAUGACUGGUAUCUAUGCUAACAUCGCAGGUGAUUAGAAACUGCAGAAGAUGGCAGAUUUACGUGAAGAAUACCAGUUUCAUUGAACUAUGUCUCUACUCUGUGUGUGUGUAAAGAAAGCAAGACUGGUUGGCAGUGAAGAAAAAUUCCAUAGCUAUGUCACACUCAAACUCCAAAAUGUGAAAUCUACUACUAUCGCGGUAAAGGGCAGACAGCCAAGCUGGGAGCAAGACUUUAUGUUUGAGACCAAUAGAAUGGACUCUGGUCUGAUCAUAGAGCUGUGGAACAAAGGCAUGCUGUGGGACAAACUAAUGGGGACACACUGGCUGCCACUGAUGAAGAUCCCACAUUCUAACACGGAGACUGAUGGCAAGUGGCUUCAGCUGUUCAGUGAGGUGGUGAUCAGAAAUGGAGAGAUUUGUGGAACCAGAGGUCCAACAGAAAAUAGUGUGCUCAUAGAUGCAAGAUUUGAACUACCCUGUGGCGAUCUUCCAGAAGGAGAGGCCCUUGAACUGCAAAACAAAUUAGAGGUUUUGAACAACAUAAUGGACCAAGAGAUGAUGACCCUUAAGGAACAGCACCACAGAAGAGGACCAGGAUCAAGAUCAGUAUGUCUUCACAAUGGACCAUGCAAUCUAAAAACUGGGAUGUCUGAAGACAGCGAUUAUACCAGUGACAUCAGCUAUCCAAUGCAGCAUCAGCACAAUACCUCCGCGCACCAGUUUCGGAGCGAGUACCCGUACCGCUACGACUCCUUCCAGCGAGACGAUAGCCAGGAAUACAAUGGAAGGUACGACUCCUUCGACAAUGGCUGCAACGGGUAUGAUCGUGAAGCUGAUUAUUACCAGGAUAGUCCGUACCAUCAGCCUCGCAGUGAUACGGAGUCAGAACCUCUGUACUACAACAGCCGACCACCUCAUAACGUGUACCCAGAUCCCUAUGAUAGGGAGCCUAUGUAUGAUGCUUAUGAUGGGUAUGAGGGCAGAUAUUAUGAUGAAGAAGAAUACUUGGAAAGAGGAGAUAGUUUUGCUGAUAACAGUCCCCCUGGGAGUAGGAUGUCCCCAGCUUACGUGAGCAGGCAGAGCACACAGGAAUACAGCGACAGCAUGGGAGAGCCGAGCUCACAUCACCAACUCCCAAGUUACCACGGGCAGUUUGAUAUAGAGACCAACCCCCAGAUGCCCAAUCCAGCCAAGAUGAGGUGGAUCCGAGCAUUUGAACAAGUCUGUGCCCACCUGAGUGAGGACUGGCAUGAUGAAAAGAUUAUGAAUUUUGUAUGUGCACCGAGUGGGAAGAGAACAUGCCAUACAGUUAUCAGUCACAGUGACCCCAGUGUGGAGACGAUCCCCAUCAGUUAUUUCUAG